GACGCGCUGGGAGAAGCUUGAUUUACCAACUGAGGUCUCUAUGAUUAAAUGGACAGCUUAAAAAACUGCGAAACAUAAACAAUAAGACAUUUGAACCGAGCAUCUUCCUGAAUGGAACAACUAAGUUACUCUCACCGUUAGCCUCCGAGGCUGCAGCUGUACUACAGUGCUGCUCUACUGUGGCUCGGACAUCAGUCGUAAUGUGAUCUUUUAAAACAGAUGAGCAGAUAAACCAGCCUGGACUCAACCUGCUGAAAAAACAAAAUGUCGAGUACCGUGCUGGAGGUCGGGACGGGAGUGUUCGUCGUCGUGUUGAUUUGGAUUGCGGCUCUUGUGUUUGGUAUGAUGCUGCUGAGAGCAUCCGGAUCAGCCAAGUUAGGAGUGAUCCCUGUUUUUCUCCUGGCUCUCACCAUCACUCUGGCCCUGGUGUUUUUCCCUCGCAGCCCGGAGACAGCUCCCCCUUUCAAAGAAGUCCAGAUAGUGGACACUUUGUUCAUCGGCCGCUACGUGCUGCUGGCAGUGGUGAGCGUAGUCUUUCUGGUGAUGUUCUUCAUGCUGCUCCCCUUUCAUUUCCUGGAGCCGGUCUAUGCCAAGGCCCUAAGAACACAUUAGAGCCGUCAGGGUCAGAGUUGGCUGCAGGAUCACAUCACUGAUCGUAUACAACUUAAGACAAACAGGGCCUGGUGAGAGCCCCCACCCCCCACCCCUUCAUGUGGAGACGGACCAUAGAAUGCAUCCCAAACAGAAACACCAGGAGAGCCACUGUCUUCUACAGGACCCAGUGUUGGCUGGUUGUUGGCUGUUUAUGCACAACCAACAGUUACGGUGUUUGAUAUUUUUGAUCAUUUACACAUCAUUUUAGCACUAAGGGCAACAGUGAAAUACCCCAUUAUUUUACAAAGAUGUUAAAUAUUUACAUAUAUAAUAUAUGUUGGUUCCUUUAAUCCUGUAUUAGUGAUAUGACAUGUGACAGAUUAAACACAAAAUGAUCCAUUGCACUAAGUGACAAAACAUUAAAACUCUCAAUGUGAUGUCCCAUUUACAGCUGUGUGAAGCCUGCAGAUUGCAUAUGUGUUUUCUUCAACUGGACAGA